AAACGGGCAUGGAGACAGACACAGAAACGGGCAUGGAGACAGGUGCGGAGGCAGGCACAGAGACAUGUGCAGAGGCGAGGACGGAAGUACACGAGGUACCUAUAGGGUCAGUAAUCUGGAAGGAGACAGACAUAGAAACAGGCACAGAGACAGGGGCAGAACAUGAUGACGGAGUCUGUGUGGACGAAGUGGUUUGUGGAUUAGGAAGAGGGGUAACGGAUGGAGACAAAACCAGGGGAGGUAGGAGUGGUGAAGACAGGGGUGGUAGAGUAGUCGGAAGGUGGGUAACAGACGGCGAUAAAACCAGGGGAAAUAAAAGCGGUGAAGAUGGGGGGGAUGAAGUCAGGGGUGGUGAAGUGGCUGAAGCAGAGACAGGGGGGGCAGUCGUAGGUGAGACCCGAAGAGGGGACUCUGCAGGUGGUAACGCAGGCAUGGCCACGGAUGCCAUGGAGGAACCCACCGAGACCAAGGGCGACACAACAGAUGCGGUGGUCACGGAUGCCAUGGAGGAACACACCGAGACCAAGGGCGACACAACGGCUGCGGUGGCCACGGAUGCCAUGGAGGAACACACCGAGACCAAGGGCGACACAACGGCUGCGGUGGCCACGGAUGCCAUGGAGGAACACACCGAGACCAAAGGCGACAYAGCAGUUGCGGGUCGAGUUGCUCCCGCGGAAUCAAUCGUAGAAGCAACCAAGGCCGAUGAGGAAGAGGCUGCGAACCGAAAAGGGGCAGCCAGGGUCACAAACGACAUGGAAGGGGUUACUAAGACUGAUGAGGACGCAUGUGCGGCAGACGCAGGUAAUGAAGAAGAGGCUGUGAUAGGUGUGACAGGCGCCGAUAAURAAGAAGGGGUUGUGACAGGCGUAGUCCGAGGACAGUGUGUAGAUACCCGAGAAAGCGGGUGAUGAAUAGACCAUCGAAGCAUGCUGCGGAACAUGCUGCGGAACCAU